AUGACAACCCGCGCCGUGACCAGACGUGCAUGUUGUGGAACCAGGGCCGAUGUUCUGGCACAGACCAGCGACCCUGUGUCCGAAAGCACGUGUGCAUCACCUGUGGCAGCCUGCACCCAUCGAAGACAUGCACACGCACCGCGCAACCCACAGGCCCAUCACCAAAGGCAAACCAAACCACCUAAUUUCUCCGCCCCUUCCUUCAGCAUCCACCAGCUGUCCCUGGUUGUCCAUCCCGUCCUGCGAGGCUACAGCGGCACAACCCAGCCCCAGCAUCUCCCAGUGACUGGUCCAUCUCUUCCCAUGCCCCGCCAACUCACAGCUCGCACUUCCCGCUGCCCGGUCACGCCCAGCAGCUCCUCCUUCACUCAUCCCCUUCACAUGCCAUCCUGCGAUCAGGCCUCGGCUCAGCUUCUGCCACUCCAAAACCUUCGCCCGCCACCCUGGCCUAACACCAGGGUGGCCCAACCACUUUACAACCCUGCUGGUCUUCCCACCCACCAUGGUACCAUGCAAGCAUCUCUUGCGCACUGGCGCCAAGCUCUCCAGAACUAUCCUGACCACCUGUUUGUCACCCAGCUCCUGGGUGCCAUUAGGCAUGGGGUCAACCUGGGCUACUCCAGCCCCCUUCGUAAUACUCCUCGCUUCUGCACCAUCUGGAACCUCCCCAUGGACUCCCAGAGCAAGUUGCACCUCCAGCACAAACUCGAGACACACCUGCAGGAGGGUCGCCUGGUUGCUGUCGACCCCACCCAGUCCCAUCUGAGCGAUCUGGCUGACGCCUUCCGGCAUGUUGUCACAACACUUGAUGAUGCCUGGUUGCUUGGCUUCACCUUUAACGGACAACACUACAUGGAAAUGGGCCUUACCUUUGGCGGCCGCAGCUCCCGUUGGCUAUUCAAUCUUUUUGCCGAGGCCUUACACUGGGUCUUGCAAUCGACCACCCACCACCCCGUUGAGCAUUACUUGGAUGAUUUCUUUGGAGCCGUCCCGGUGGCCUCCAACCCUUGUCAACCCCUUCACUCUCUCACCAUAGCGUGCUCCGCACUCGGCCUCUGCCUCGUGCCACAGAAGACUUUUUGGGACACUACCAAGCUCGAAGUCCUUGGAAUCGAGGUUGACACUGUCUGGCAAUGCAUUGGCAUCACCCCCAAACGGCGUCAGCGCAUCUUAGAUGCCAUCACCAUGCUCCUGGCCCAGCGCUCUGCCCACUUAAUUGACUGGCAGCACAUAGCAGGUCUCCUGCAGUUUGUCUCCCAAGUGGUACUGCACGGCCGAGCCUACUUGCGGCGACUGUAUGACACUUCCAAAACUGCUCAUCACCACCCCUUUUCCCUUUUCCGAAUCUCUCAACCCGCCGCAGCUGAGCUCCGAUGGUGGAAGACCACCCUCCGAGCCUGGCCAGGUUAUUCCCUUCUCCAACCCUCCCCACUUGUUGUCAAGCACAUCUGGACCGACGCAUCCAAGUGCAGCUAUGGUGCCCACCAGGACCUCAUGCAGUCCCCCUCAGCCGCCCUCUCUUGGGAGGUGCCCUGUCGCCACUGCAUGAAGGACAUUCGAUUUCUGGAGGCUUUGGCAGUCCUGGAGGCGCUUCGUGCCUUCUCCACCCAUUGGACCGGCCCCCGUCUUGUGGUCCUCCACAUUGACAACACCAAUGUCGAAUUUGGCCUCCACACAGGUCGCUCUCGUGACCCUCUCAUGCAGACCAUCCUUUGUGCGAUCUUUGGCCUGUGUUUCCAGUGCCACAAUACCCUGCAUCCGUCUUUCAUCUGGAGUCAUUUCGGCCCUGGGGUGCCACCCUUCCCAGCCACCGACUUGUUUCUCACAGAGUGGGUCUGCGAUAUGGCACAAACUCACUCCUUCCACAGCCUCAAGCACGAGCUCGAUGCCCUCUGUUCCUGGCAUGUCGACCUUGGGUUCCCUCUUGAGGCCUUCUCCCAUGGCUGCUUGGAGCAUGUGGUCCAUGGCAUCAAGCAUACCCAUGGCCUUUGCCCCACAGCUUCCAAGCACCCUAUUACCCUCCCCCUCCUCUGGGCCCUCCUCCAGCAGCUCCCGCCCUCUGCCUCUCUUGGAGCUUGGGACUGGCAGGUCGUUGCUGUGGCCUUCUGCAUCUCCUUCGCCUGCUUCUUGCACUGCGGUGAGGUCACCUGGGACCUCACAUCGCCAACACAGCUGCUGGUCCACUCCAUCACCUGGCAUGAGGACUAUGCCAUUGUCCUCCUCCUGGCCUCGAAGACCAACCCCUUCUGGCUUGGUAUGCCCCUUGUCGUCCCCAAGAUUGGAGGAUUGGAGUGCCCAUAUGUCAUGCUCCACCUCCUCUGCCCCCUGGUCUGCCACCCCCUUGCACCCCUCUUUGGGUUGCAAGACAGCUACAAGCCCCUUACAUGA